AGGAAAGAAAUGCCGAUAACCGACAAUUCCCUGUUUACAUGUGAUCAGCUGUGAUUGGACACAGCUGAUCACAUGACCGAGCCGAAAUCUUCAGCUCUUUCCGUGAUCUAUCAUCCGCUGUGUCCGAGGGACACAGCGCACUGCCGAUCGCCGUGUGCUCCCUGAGCUGCGCAUGCACGGUGAGAAUGGGAGGACGUCAUAUGACGUCCUCCCAGAACAAGAGAACCACCUUGCGUCCGUCAUUGUACUAUAUGGCGGGCGGGAGGUGGUUAAAGUGUUACUAAACCCACAA